AUGUUUUCUUGCCUUGUAUGUAUAGCCCCUGAACCAGCUGAUUCGAACUUUCUUUCUCCCGCAGACCUGGCCUUGAGUUCCGGGCACCAAAAUCCUGCCCAACCGAGUCAAAUCCAGCCUCGCCAAACGCCAAUCGCUCCCAUAAUUGGACUCAACCAACUCGUUACCAUUGUGUCUGUGCACGCGCUUACCAUAAGUAGUCAGUCGACAGAUUAUCUAGACAAUGUGUAUGAAGAUGAGACAGCACAUGAGGCCUUGAAUGGCAUCACUGAUGGACGAUUAAACGCGUCCAUGAUUCUGCCACUCAUGUUUCGAUUCAUCCUUGCUGAACUGGAAUGCCUGCCAAGCUCACUUAAGCUAGAGACAAUGACGGUUGAUUCCAUUACUCCAACUUCCGCGGCUGAGACCAUAGAAGGAUCGGCUGAGGCGAUCACGAAUUGGGCUCCGCUAUCACUGAAGGAGGAUGGGUCAAAACGAGCAAAGGUAGGGCUAUUUGUCAUCAUACGAUCCUGA